GGGGAAUCCCCCAGACAUGCCAGAUUGUGACUUUUGUGCAGUCAUUGCAGUUGUGAUAGAAUAAGAUUGGUAGAUAUUCAUUGCAUUGAGAUUAAUGACUCAAUGCGACCAUGACUGCCAUCUCAUACAGAGCGGUGGUGGUAGGAGCGGGCCCCGCUGGAUGUUAUGCUGCUCUUGCACUGCUCAAGACUGGAGCCUUCAACGAUGUUCAUGUGUUUGAGAAGCGACCACGAAAUAUCUCCCAAGAGAAGGGACGUAACAUCAACAUAACAUUAUGCAAGCGGGGUGUAGAAUGUGUGCGAUCCUGUGAUAUUGAUGUUGCUGGUCCCUUGUCAGAUCCUGUGGAAGACAGACCAACCAUCCAGGCUGUCCCAAUGACUCACUUCAAGCUUCACAGCCAGGAUAGCUCUCGGCGUCUUCCUUACAGAGAUUGCAUUCCUGGAGGCAUUUCCCUAGAGUCCUUGGGCUGUGGUCGUUCAGUUGAUGGAUCAUCACUGCCAUCCAUCAAUUCCGUUCGUCGGAAUGAGCUAUACUAUGUCUUAGUUGAUUCUUGUGAGAAAGCAGGUGUCCAGUUCCAUUUUGAACAUGAAUACAGGUCGUUGGAGCUAAUACCAGAAGCUGAUCGCUCUGACAAGAUAAACCUUUAUAGGGUCAAUUUUGUAUCUCAGGAUGAUCGCAAGAUUUCCAUGAUGGCAGUGAUUGUGGUUGGUGCUGACGGUGUGCAUUCCCAAGUGGCACGUUUCGUCACACCAGAUCAGCAAGUCACCGAAUAUGACAAGAAUAUUAGUGUUGAGAGUCUGUUAAAUGAACACAGGGACACACAGAUUUUAGAGAACAGUCCAUUUGGUUAUCGAGAGCUCUCUGUGCCUGAUGAAUCACUGAAGAAAGGUCUUGAAAUGGACACAUUUCAUAUUUGGUCCAAUGAACAGAUGAUUGUUCUUGGCUUGCCAUCUUCUGACGGAAGCAUGACUGUCGGUGUUUAUGGACCGACAGAGAAAAUGAAGUCUUUGAGUUGCCAGGAACUAAUCGUUGAAGUUGUUCGAGAGUUCCCUCAACUUGGACCCUGUCUUACUUCUUUACCUGCUGGUGAGAUUGAGCGUGAUAGCUAUAGAAUUGGUAGCCUGCAAACAUUGAUCAACCCCAACCUUGUCAGAGACGGAGUUGUCCUUGUAGGGGAUGCUGCGCAUGCCAUGUUGCCCUUCCUUGGACAAGGGCUCAACUCGGGACUGGAGGACACAAAGAUAUUCCUCAAUCAUAUCUCAGAAUGGACCAAUAAGUCCCUUCAUGAAAGGUCUAGUGUGGGAUGUUUGUAUUCUCUCAUGAGUGAGUUCAACGCGACCCGUAAAGCUGAUAUCUAUAUCAUCCAGGAACAGAGUCGCUAUGAGCUAGAACGGAUGCUCUCCAUGAAGAGGUUGGUCGGGAAGGACUUGAAUACAGCCUCAUUGGCUUUGUCUCGGUUCUUCUAUCUUGCUGGGUUUUCAACUCUGCCGUAUGGAGAGGCUUGGAGGAAGUCAUUGCCCAAGAAUGUCCCAGUUGGUGCAAGUGUGAAGGAGGGUGAGAUACUCGCCCAGGUGGAGUCAGUGAAGACCCUGAUAUCAGUCAAGGCACCCUGUAGUGGUAGAGUGAGUAGGAUCAAGGAAAAUAGUCAUGGAAUCCCGGUGUAUGAGAUCACGCCAAGGAAAUUGAGUGGGCCAGAUUCAGCAACAGAGUCGGAACAAGUGACAACACCUGCAGACAUCACACCGAAGACCUCAGCUUCUCAGCUUGUCAAUCCCGAGGGGCCUUUAACAAACUCCUUGUCAGUCUGGGACAUUCAGAAGGAUGCUGCUCCCUUUGAACUGCCUGUGUUCCACGGUGCACUGAAGACAAGGUAUAUUGGACGAUGCCUCUUUUAUUCGGAGAAGACUGGCUCAACCAUGGAUGAUGCGAGGCAACUCUCAGAGAAAGGUUGCAUCCACGGCACAAUGUGUCUCACAGAGAUGAUGACAGCAGGAAGAGGGCGCCAGGGGAAGGAAUGGUCAUCGCCACCAAGGGGCAAUAUCUAUGUCACAAUCGUGUUGAGGAUUCGGCCUGAUCGAGAGAACCACAUUAAGAAAGUCCAGUUUGCCACUGCUGUCGCUGUGUGCAAUGCUGUAAGACAAGCUGGGGUGACAGAUGCUGUUGUGAAGUGGCCGAAUGAUAUCUGGGUCAGAGGUCACAAGGUCGCGGGGAUUUUAGUGGAAGUCUACAGGAAUGCGGCUAUAAAAGAUGAGGCGUCAGGUUCUACAGCAAUAUUGGUUGGAUGUGGCAUCAACGUGAAUGACAGUCCUCGUCUCAACAAGAACCUGCGUGAGAAUGCCACCAGUGUUUCAGAUGAACUUGGUCACAAGGCAUCUAGAGAGGUAAUCUUGGCCAACAUCUGUAAUCACCUUGAGCAGCAAUGUGACCUUGACAUGGAGGACAUACUGGAAACACUCCACAGCCUGCAUUUAUGGUCGCCUGGUUCCUGUGUGCAGAUUAUACCAAAAGAUGGCACCGCUUAUCAAGGAGUUUUCAAGACUGUGGAGAAUGAUGGAACACUCAAGAUCACAGAUGAAGAUGGGCAGACCAAACACCUCUCUGAUCUCAGCCUGUCCGUGCGCCCGUUGCCAAUGUCUAUUAUCUAUGUUUACAAUGGACUUGGAUGCAGUAAACAGAGUCUACAUAUGCUCUUCACCAGCCUGAAGAUGUUGGUGGACACCUCCAAGUAUUCGGUCCAGAAGAUCAGCCCAGAUGAACUUAUCAAAGGCUCUUGGACAGAAAAUGCUGCUCUGAUUGCCUUUGGAGGAGGAUUUGAUCGUGGGUACAUCGACUCACUGGGAGAGACAGGUCUCGCUGUGGUCAGGAAGUACGUAGAGGACGGAGGACGCUACCUCGGCAUCUGUGCCGGGGGAUACUUUGGCUGCGCAGUGAUUGAGUUUGACCGAGGUGGAGAGUUGGAGGUCUGUGGUCCACGAGAUCUUGGUUUCUUCCCAGGCAAAUGUACUGGUCCUGUAUUUCCCGGCUUCAUGUAUAACAGCGAAGAAGGCGCCCAUGCGGCAGAAAUCACUUGGAUGUCGCCAAGCAAUGAGAAAACACUCCAUAUGUAUUUCAAUGGUGGAGGUGCAUUUGUCCUGCCAGCCAGGAGAGACAACAAUGGCAAUGACAUAGAAGUCAUUGCCACAUAUGCCUCCGUCCCUAAGAAUCCCGCUGCUGUUGUGAAAUGUAAAGUUGGUGCAGGCGUAGCAGUACUGAGUGGCGUCCAUUUUGAAUAUUUGCCCCAGGAUCUGGAUGUGGAGUCACAUCACAAGGAUAUUGACCUUAAGCUGCUGGCUAGUCAGGAGGCAUGCCUAAAGUGCUUCAAGUCUGCGCUGGAUAAUCUUUCAAUCAUCUAACAAAAUACUAUAAUAUGUUGCUAUUAUACAAACGACAGACAAUAGACUCAUUUGGAACAAUGGUUUGAGUGAGGAAAGUGAACUGAAUCUGGCCUAUCUGGUUAGUGGUUCAUUGUCAAUGCCAAUAGUUUGGUGAUCCUUGACUUUAUACUGAGGCAGGAUGUAAGAACACUUCAGUCUCCAAACUAUUUUUCUGAUUUACAUGUAAAACUGGUGCCAGGAUUCUUCGAAUGAGAGUGGUGCUGAUGCUGUGAUUUCAUUGAUGUGAAUGUGGAAUAAAA